AUGUCAACAUUGAACCAUCUCUUUGAUCUUCCGGAUCAGAUUUGCUACGUACAAUGUGGUUUUUGCACCACCAUUUUACUCGUAAGCGUUCCAUGCAGCAGCUUAUCCACGGUGGUGACUGUGAUAUGUGGACACUGCACCAGCCUCUUCUCUGUCAACAUGAAGAAAUUCUCUUUUCUCCCUUUCAAUCGUUCAACUUCUCUCAGCUAUGAGGAUGAGCAAAAAGAACAGCUUCGUCCAGAAUUCAAUGCUCAAAAAGGCUUAGAAAUGCAAAAUUCGUUCAUGGCGAUCUCUUCUAACAAUGAUGAAGAUGACAGAAUUAAUCAAGUGAAUCGUGUCAUUAAUAAACCCCCAGAGAAAAGACAAAGAGGACCGUCGGCUUAUAACCGCUUCAUCAAAGAAGAGAUCAGAAGGAUCAAAACUGAAAAUCCAAGAAUAGCUCACAAAGAAGCCUUCAGCACAGCUGCAAAAAAUUGGGCCCAUUCACCCCUUGUUCAGUACUGCAAAGAUAUUGAUGGAGAGAGCAGUGGCUUGGAAGAGGAGAACGGCUCAUGGUCCUGUGAUGCAGCUGAUCAGUAUACGGAUGGCUCAGGGAAAUUUUAUUAG